GUGUAUCUUGUAAUUUUUGUUUUGUUGUUUUUCUAUUCUUUUCAAGCUGGGCUCUUACAACAAUUUCAGGAAAACUGAGUACAACAUAGCAGAUGGAUUUCAGUUUGUUUGUUUGUUUGUUUGUUUUAUUAUGAAAACUUUAAUGUAAGAAUGUGUAUUAAUCCUGUCUGCAUGCUUCUGUAAUGAAAAGUGAUGAUGUUUGAAACAUAGUAUAGUCUAAGUGAAAUUUGUGUUUCCUAUUGACAAUAGGGGGGAAAAGAGGAGGAAAGUAAUGUCUGUAGCUGUAUAUACUGAAAACUUCUUGUUUGUUUAUAGCUGUUGUUCUCACCACCAGUAAAAUUAGCACUGCUUUACAGGCUUGCUAACAUCUGUCUCCUAUGUGUAAUAUAUGCCCAGUAUUAAACAAAGUGUUAUGUGCCACUUACAUAUAGAGUUUUUUUUGCUCCUUGUGCUAGUUGACUGAGGUGCCCUUGAGUUAUUGUAGUCCUCUGUUCCCUGCUCAGAAGUUUGCAUUGCUAUUAGCUCUCUGUUAGGGAAAGGAGGAGUUUGCUGCUUCUAUAGCUGUGCUUUCAGAAGAGAGAGCCUAUCAUAUUUCACUCUAAUCCUAAGCGAUAGUUAUAGUCAGGCAUUCUCUUUUAUUGUUAAAAGAGAAUCCUUGUGAAGAUCCUUCUUUAGGCUUUACAUUUAAGGGCAAACAGGAUUUUAAGAAUGAGGAUGGCAGUGCCAUUUCCACACAGAAAACACUGUUCCAGUUUAUAUCCUGUUCCAGCAACUUGUUAAGAGCAUGCCUAUCUUCCUGUUCUAAGAAGCAGUUUUUAAAAAAUAAUAAAAGAGAAGAAUGGAUUACAAGCAUAUUGUUGGAGAAUGAUACUGAGCAGAGGAGAUGGACUUUGGAUGAAAGCUGUGUCCCUGGGAUCCCUGUCACGUGCUGUGAGCUGGAUAAACUUCUCUACCCUGUCUAAGCAGACAAAAAGGUUAUUUCGCAGUGAUGGUGAACUUACAUCUAUCUGUGGACAGCAGAUGGAAGAGGAUGAGAGCUGGACCUACAGACCGCAGCACAGAAAUGCUGUCUCCAAUCUAGAUGAGGAGAGUAGAUGGACAGUCCAUUACACUGCACCUUGGCAUCAGCAAGAGAAUGUGUUCCUACCUGCCACGAGGCCACCCUGUGUGGAAGAUCUGCACCGUCAAGCCAAGCUGAAUCUGAAGUCGGUACUGAGAGAAUGUGACAAGCUGCGGAGGGAUGGAUAUCGAAGUUCUCAAUACUAUUCUCAGGGUCCAACCUUCUCAGCUUCUUCCAGUGUAAUCUGUGGAAAUUACCAAGGAGAUUAUGAAGAAAUUGAACAAAAGUGUUCAACCCCUUCUCCUGAAGAGGAAAAGCUUAUUAGCAUCAAGCAACCCAAAACACCAGUUUCAAAUGAGUUCUCUGAUAUCAACACUCAGACAAAUUGGACCAAAUCACUUCCAUUGCCGACACCAGAAGAGAAAAUGCGACAGCAGGCUCAAACAGUCCAAACUGAUGUUAUACCUAUUAACGUAACGGGGGAGAAUUUUGACCGCCAAGCCAGCAUACGGAGGUCUCUAAUUUACACAGACACUGUGGUAAGGCGGCCGAAGAAAGUGAAAAGGAGAAAGACUAUUACAGGAGUCCCUGACAACAUCCAAAGAGAGCUAGUUGGCAAUGGUAAAAACGACUUCCGUGGGCAUUCAUUAUGUGUCCCUGAUCACUAUUCCACACUAGGAAGGCUUGAUAGCUAUCACUCUUCUGUGCAGCAGUCUGACACAAAGGACUCUGGCUGUCAGACAGAAGAAGUCAAAGUGGUACCACCUUCAGUGAGGCGAAUACGUGCACAGAAAGGUCAAGGGAUUGCAGCUCAGAUGUCACAGUUGUCCAGUUCUUCUGGAAACAUGUCUGUGAUGAGUGAUUCCGCUGGGGUUGUAUUUGUCUCUCGCCUAAACAACGACCUGGGUUUUCACAGUCUGCCUCGGUCUGGGGCAAGAGUGUCAUUACAGUUACUGGAACGUAGACACAGCCUGUCUAAGUCAACAGAAGAUAGAGCAUUGUCACACCAGAUAAGCAAACUGCAAGUGGAUGAUAACAUAGGCCACAUGAGGAACAACGGUAGGACAGGUGUGCUUCAAAGGCCAAAGUCCCAAGAGGUAAAGAACUCUGAGAAUGGGCAGGAAGAAAGUCUAGCGUGCAUAGUCUCUCCAAAUGCUACCUAUUCAACCAACAUCAUACCAAAUGCUACCUUAUCGUCCUCUUCAGAGGUUAUUGUUAUUCACACUACCCAGGGUGCAGGAGCAAUAGAUAGUAAAAUCACAAACUUCUCUUCAUAUACAAAACCUAGAGACAAUCGUCUUGCCAACAACAUGGUAGGCACAAAAGAUCAAUAUAAUUCUUCGAGUAGUAUCUGGAAUGAGACCAGUCCAACACAUCACUCACAGUCGUUGGACGAUACUGUUUCAUCAAAUGCUGUGAUAGUUCUUGCUCUUGGAGAUUCAGGAGUUUCUCUGAGUGGUGCAAGAACUGUGGAAAAAGGCCAUCAAAAUAUGACCUACAGCAGUAGGAGCAAUCUCAGUUUUCCAACCCGCUCUCAGGACAGUAACAGCAGGAGUGAAUCAAAUUACCAUGUUGACAAAACACAGGUUCGAGUUCAGAAGAGCACAGAGCACUGUGGAUUGAAGUGUUCUGGAAAUGAAGAAAUGCUGUUCAAUGCACACAAGCCAGACUGUGUCACUCCAGGCUGCUCCACACCUGUGAGCAACUUGAGUACCAGCAGCCUUGAAAGAGUCUCAGCCAAAGAAGACUCAAGUUCUUUAUAUUCUGUAGAUCAUGAUGGCUAUUACACUUCUAUGCACAUGGACUCGGGUCUCAAGUCUUGCAAUAAUAAUAAUGGCUUUGGAAAUGCUAGGCACAGUAUCCUUAAUGCGGUCGAUGGGAUUGAGAAGAAAUCUCUGGGAGACCUGUCGAACUGCAGUGACAAAUCCCUCUCACGAAGUAUAUCCUUAAAAAAGGCAAAGAAACCACCUCUGCCACCAUCUAGAACAGACUCUCUUAGAAGGAUCCCCAAAAAGAAAAUGCAAUCCAAUGGCCAAGUACUGGAUGACAUGUUGAUUGCUAGCCUCCAACACUCUCUGCAGUUGAACCUCAAGAGCAAAAAUGGCAGUUUACCAUCUCAGAGCCCCUGCAGUGAUUAUGAUGACCCUUGGGUGCAACGCUCUCGUAGUCAGAGCUCUGUGAGUGCCAGUAGCAGCAUGAUGUCUGCAACAGCUAUGAGCAUGUACACCAUCUGUACUGUCACACCCUCCCAGAGCGAGACCAGCAGUAUCAAGUCAGAGUAUGCUGAUCAGUGGGGAUAUUACAGUGACUACUCUGGGACGCCAGAUGUGCAGCUAAAAUCCCCAGUAGUACAUUCUGCUAAUAGUGAGCCCAAACUGAAUGAUUAUAACAUUAGCUGCCUUAAUGAUGGGUCAAGGGCUUCUACACAGCACGUGCCCAGUGGAUUGGCCAAACCAAAGAUCACUUCUCCAGAAAAGCCACAUAGAGUUACGUCGCCAUCUAGCGGAUAUUCUAGCCAAUCCAACACACCCACAGCACUUACGCCAGUGCCUGUCAUUCUACAACCUGUGUCAACAGGAAAUGGGAAACCCAAGAUGAAGCCUAAAGUGCCUGAAAGAAAGUCAUCUCUUCUGUCUUCAGUUUCAAUGUCUUCCUCCUCCACAUCUCUUUCUUCUAAUACCUCUGCUGAAGGGAAUAGUGUGAAGAAAUCUGACCCUGUCCCAAGCUUCCCUUUGGAUAUUUCUUCUCCGCUAAUGUGUCCAGACUCUGCUGAGUAUGUUCUUCCACCACCACCACCUCCCUUAACAGAUGUUACAGAACUGCCUCCUUCACCUAGUUUCCCACCACCUCCUCCAGAAGCUGUUAUAAACGCAUCAUUUCCUCAGAGUGUUCCAUUGUUUAAUGAUCUAGCACAAGAUACAUUGUUGAAUCAUUUCUGUCCCUCGUCACCUUCCAUCCCAUCUCCUCCCCUUCCACCUCCUUUCCCUUCUUCUUUUCCUCCACUAGCACCACCCUUGGACCCUAAACUCACAAAAGAUGUAUAUAAAAAUGCACCGUAUUCUUUCAAGAAAUAUAAUCAGGAAGAUUCUUCUCACAGCACAAUAAAAGGAGCAUUCAAAAAGGAAGAUCCCGCCAGGCCUACAAUGCCUCUAGUAACCACCCAGGCACUGCAAAUGGUACAGCUGAGGUCCGUGAGGAAAGCUGUGAUGUCAGAGGUUGAACAGCCAGUUGAAUCUCCUUCCCCAACUAAUACUCAGGAAAAAUUAACUGAUGUUUUUUCAGCAUGUUCGCAUUUAAAACCAUGUGUAUCAGGACACAGUGACAGCGUUGUUGAAGGUGAAGUAAAACCCCAUGGUGCUUUUGACAAAACCUAUGUUUACACACCUAAUCAGAGGUCUUAUCCAGGUCUCUGUGGUAACUCUGACUUUACCAGUGGUACAGUGCCUGGAAAUACAGCCAAUCUAGCUAAUUCCUUUGCGAGUGAUUUACCACCAGCCAGUGUUGAAGAAGCACCAGUGCAGAACCAGGGUUCUGGCUCUGAUUUUGCAAGUUCAUCUCUUCAGGGACAGUCAGAAUGUCUCAACAAGCUUCAGGGCGUAUUGCCAAACAAAAAGCCACCACCUGUUUCAAAGAAACCCAAACUGUUCCUUAUUGUGCCACCCCCACAGCCUGAUGUUACAGCAGAAAAAAUAGCUGAAGUGGGUGAAACAGUAAGAAUCACUCCAAGUGUAACUACAAGGGAUGCUGCCAUUGCACAGUACAGCCAGACUAAAGAUUAUCCUACAGAUGGACUCUGUUCCUAUGAAAUGGACUCUGGCUGCCUGGUUCCAGAAGGAGGAGCUGUGUGUUCCACCUCCUGUGAAACACUGGAAGUCAGUGUCUCUACACUGCAGCCCAAGCAGGAGGAACAGUCUUGCUUAUGUGAAGGAAGCAGUUCCAACAGCAUUGGAGAUAGCAUCUCUGCAGCAGACAGGCAUCCAUCUCAAGGGGAUGAAAGCACUGAGGUGUUUGAAUCAGAUGUGCAAAACAGCUUUUUACUGCAAAACCCUAGUUAUGAGGAAGGCAGCGAGGCGGUGGCAAUGCCAGCUAGACCAAGGACUACUGAGGAUCUUUUUGCAGCCAUUCACAGAUCCAAGAGGAAAGUUCUUGGCCGCAAAGACUCUGAGGAUGAUCGUACCCGAAAUCAUUCUCCGUCACCCCCUGUUACACCUACUGGUGCUUCCCCAAAUCUGGCCUCCCUUAAGCAUGCAGGAUCAAUUCAGAGAAAUAUUCGUAAGAGUAGCACCAGCAACGACAACUUCAAAGCACUGUUGCUUAAAAAAGGCAGUCGCUCAGACACCAGUUCUCGCAUGUCAGCAGCAGAGAUGUUAAAAAAUACAGAUCCAAGGUUUCAAAGAGCCAAGGUAGAUUCUCCUUGGGAUCCCACUGAUAGUACCACAAGUUGUUCUCCUACCAAGAGCAGACAGGCCCAGCAAGAAUGGGCUAAAAGUGAAGGCCUGAUGCCAAGAAGUCUGUCCUUUUCCAGCACCAGGUACAGCCGAUCUCGAACCCCACCAUGUGCUGCAAGUAGCAAAUACAAUGUUCGGAACCGGAUCCAGAGUAGCCCUAUGACUGUUAUCAGCGAGGGAGAUGUGGAAGCAGUUGAACCUGCAGAAAGCAGGACUCAUAGGUCUUUAGAAGAGGAUCAGCUUGAUGUGUUUGACAAUGAAGAAAUGGAUAUUAAUGAAGAUGUGGGUUCCAAUGAGAACUGUACAACUCAGCCAGACUUGAUAACUGAUUGAUACAUAAUUCUUUUAACAAUAUGUGUAUGCCAUAAACUGAAAAAGGGUGAGGAUUAAGAAAUAAAUCACUGUGUUGUUAGACUUUCAGAAGGUAUUUGAAAGGAGCAAAGCUGAGCAGGAACCCCAAAUCAGUACAAUUUACUUCACCAAGUACUUAGAAUGUGCUAAUGCAUAUUGCAGUACUGAUACCUCUACAUGGUUUGGUUACAUGUGGCAUUUGGUUUAAAUGAAACUAGUAGUCAGAUUAGUCCAUUAAAGCCUUAAAAAUCCUCUAGAUUAAAAAAACCAACACUCUGAUAUUCUCGGAUUCUGGGUUGUAUGCGAUUAUUAUUGUUAUUAUAGAGACUGUAAAAAAUAAAAAUAAGCCUACAAAUAAAAUGGGAAGCUUCUGUGGUACAGGGUGGCAGUAGCUUUUAAGGUGUUAUAUUUAUGAAACUUAGUAACCUGUUUUGAGCAAGGAAUGAUAGAAUGAAAAAUGUGGCCUAUUAGAUUGAGCAGUGUUGGUGUUGUCCUGUUGCAUUUUCUAGCGUGAGGGUCCUCUAACCAUGCCAUAAUAGCAUAUUGAACAGGCCAACCAGAUUUUGAAUUAAUUUUUUUGAAACCCAAGAGGACAGAAACACUGUUAUACAGAAGUGACUGCUGUGCAGGCAUAUAACAAUUCGUCUAUUUGAUUUUGCAGAACCUUUUUUCUUAGGUGAAUUUGUUUCUUUGAAUGGAAAUUAUGUCCUAUAGAAGACCUAAAAUAAGUGGCUGCAGAUUUGUAAAGAGGAUGUAGGUAAAUUUGGGUUGAGAGCUUAUAGUACAAAACUGCAAAGAGUACCCUUUUCAAUUAAACUGUGGGAAUUACCUGUUUUUCUUCUAUUUGUCAAAAUGGGAAUAUUUUUGAACAACAUAUUGAUUGAAAUAUCAAACACUUGAUAAUGUUUGGUUACCAAAGAAUACAUUACAAUUAGUUUUACUUUUUUGUCUACACAGCAUUUCCUUGAUUUGGGGAAAUAAACCUAACAAUUUAGGAGACUGCUUAAUUUUAUUGAGUCUUUACCAAUGAGUUUAAACAUAUGUAAUAUUCUUAUUUGUAAAGAAAAUAAUUGAUAACUAAAAUAUCAGCUGUUAUUUUGAUCACAGUUUUUUAAAGAAGCUUUUAGUUUUUUUAAAAGGAAUUUUGCAUAAAUUGUUAGUCUGCAGUUUUUAUAAUGUUUGUACAUAAUGAACAUUCCUAAGGUAACUUUUUCCUACCAUUGUUGGAAUUUUUACAUUUGUAGAUGUUAAAAAAACCCUUUAUGUAGAUAAUUUAUUUUGAUGAAAAACACUUGACUCUCUUUCUCUGUAUUUGUUAUAACUAUAAAUUUUAGGGGGUCUGCGCUCAGCUCAAGAAGGGUAUGGGGACAGUGCUGUGACACUGCUUCAAUAAACAAGGCUGCCAUUUGUCAUUUUGUGACUUGAGUUAACACAACACUUGAAAAUCAGUGGAUGCCAUUCUAUUGAAAGCCAGCCUGCAGUACUGCAGCAACGGUUUGUGGCAUGCUUGAACAGGAGCAGUAGGUAGGCCUGUACAUAUGCUUAAGUGUUAUUAAAGAGGAUAAGAAUUAAGCACCCACAAGUGGGCAUAAAUAAGCCUGAGCCUCCUGGUCCCAAUCCAAAGCCCCUAACACAGUUUUCUAUUCAAGAGAAACUCUCUUAAUGCAAAUCUUGAAAUGUCCCAUUACGUAUUCCAAGUUUCAUCAUUCUUUUCUGAGAAAGGCUGUCUCCCUGGGUAUAUACCAGAGUCACUGGGCCACAGCUAUUAGAUUUAGUAGAAUAUAUGCUGUGGUUCCAUGACUGAGCCUCUGCUUCUUAAGGUACAUAGCAAUUCAUUUUCUGUCCUUUCCCUAUUCAGUCCCUACUGUUUGUUUUCAGGCAACUACAGUCACUCCUUUCCUCCCCUCCCACUCAUGACUUGUCAGAUACGUGUUAAAACAAGUAAUUUGUAUGAAGUAAGGGGCAAAUUGACAAAUGUGCUUUUUGCUUCCCAAAGCCUAUGUAUGCUGGAAAAAUACACUGUUAUGACAUCUUUUUAAAAAAACUAAACAUUUUUAAUUAAAUGUAUUUAUUAAUGACAAACAUUG